AUCCCUGAUGGCGUAAGAAAACGCGAUGUAAGGGAAGGUCAAGCAGUUCGCAAAUGGGAAGUCUCCCCAACUUGAGCGAGAUAUCAAGGGAAGACGACACCCAACUUUGCAACUCGCGCGGCGCCCCGUGCUCGUUUCGAAAUGAGCGCUGCAAGAUCAGAUACAGACAAUCAGAACGCGGCUACCUCCGGCGACCGAAGAAGCACUUCCCAUCGCGGUGGACGCCUUGCGAUGACGUCACGUUGCAGCAAACGGCAACAUCCUCCCCGGCGUCAGCUCGAAGUACAAACAUUAAUCACGUGGUCAGAAGGAAGGACUCCCUAACCAGCUCGAUCGGGGCGACAUCUGUCAGACGACUCAUUAGCGUAGUCCGAAACUCGCACAAUCGCCCCGGUCCCCACUACAAUCGCGGAGUCUUAAUCCGCCACCUUGUCGUUUUUUGCACGUCGCACCUGUUCCUUAACGCCACCUUCCCGCCGUUCAUCGUACUGCAAGGUAGCGUCUCACUAUGGACCUUGCCCCAGGUCUUCUUCCCCCUCGGAAUCAACGCCGGGUCGACACUCCUCGCGCUGAUGUACUCCAUGUCGGCGACCUCGACGCUCUUCGCGCCCUACCUGAUCAACAAGGUCGGCGUCCACGUCGUGUUGCUAUACUCGUACGGCGUCUUCCUCAUCUUCUACGUAACGCACAUCUAUCCGGCCAUGUACCUCCUGAUACCGGUCUACGCGGUCUUAGGAAUCGCACUGGGCCAGCUCACGCUAAGUUACGUCUCCCUCCUGAUGGGCCUCUCCACGAAGAUGAGCUGCGCGAUAUCCGACUACGAGGACGAUCUACGCGUGUCGCGCCUCGCGGUCAUCAUUCGUAGAUUCGCGCGCGCGAUUCAAGCCUCGCAAGACUUGGGCCUUAUCUUCGGUUCCCUUAUGGUCGCGAUGAUAAUCGGCUACUGGAGGCCGAACCAGUACGCCGCCCCCUGUACGGAAUCGGACAAUUUCAACUGUACAAAUUGUGCUCAAACCGAACCUUGCACUGCCGCCUGCCCUCUCACUUUUACAAAGAACUGUAGUAGCGAUCCCGACACGAAGACAAUCGUAGAAAAUCUCGAUUCUAUUUUUGAUAUUGACGAGCACGGCAACAGGAUCUGCGGUGCCGCGGCGUGCGCGUCCCAGUUCGCCAACUUUCCGGUCGUCCACCCGACCGUCGCCUUCACGCUCCUGAUCAUAUUCGUCGCGUUCACGACGCUCGCGUUGGUCAUCACCGUCGUCGGACUCGGCCGGCUCAAGACCUACGUCAAUCAGGACGCGCUCGACAAUCUCGAGUUUACGACGUCGCUGAGGGCGAUUCUCGAAGCGUUUAAGGAUAUCAAGUUGCAGUUGGCCGCCCCGCUCGCGGUUUUCAUGGGGUUGGAGCAGGGAUUUGUGUACACCGACUUUAGCAAGUCCUACAUCGUCUGCACGCUUGGAAUCCAACACGUAAACCUCGUGUUCCUCAGCAUGGGUGUCCUGCAGUCGGUGGCGGCGUGCACGCUCAGCAUGCUACUGAAGUCAAUUCAGCGUUACUACGUCGUCAUUGUCGGCUUCAUAUUCCAGUGCUGCGUCCUGAUGGUGCAGAUACUGUGGAAGCCGAUGAGCGACGACCCCGCCCUCUUUUACGUGGUGCCGGCGGUUUGGGGCGUCUGCAACGCCAUCUGGGAAAUACUCACCCUGUCCCUUCUGACGUCACUCUACGCGGACAAUUGGAGCGCCCCCUUUUGCAUUUCGAAUUUUUUUCGAUUCCUCGGCUUGACGGUCUCGUUCCUUUUCCACAGUCUACUCUGCAACUGGAUCAAGCUGUACGCUCUCGCGACGCUCAUGUUGUUCGCCGUCAUUCCGUUUUUCUGUUUAGAGCUGCGACUGGCGAAGUCAAAUAAAAAUCUCGACACGAGCAGAUUAUGACUCAUUUGUUCAAAUUUUAUAAAUAAAUAUUACGUAUGACGUU